UUUUUUUUUUUCAUCACCUCGAUCACAACACCUACAAUUUGCUACUAUCAAACAUUCCAUUCGAGAAAAAACUCGCUAUAACCACACUAAACCGAUAGUCCUCCAUUUCCUUUUUCCAUUCCCUAUCACCAUUGUUGUCAUCAUGCCUAGUAUAAUUAAUAACUUUUCUCAAUCCACCACGGCUCCUUCAGAGACUGAUUUUAUUCCGGACAAUGGAGCUCUUUUCUAUACCCAGCAUCCAUCUUCGAUACAGGCCAAGGACACUACAGCACAGCCUACAGUCCAAAAGCUUAAAGAAAGUAAUCGUCGCCGUCUAUGGUGUGAUCCUGAGGAUGAGUUCUCAGCCCCGAUUCAUACAGAGCAUCCAUUGAUUACCAAGAGUCCUUUGGAGAUGUCAUCGUUCUUACUGAAUUAUCGACCUAUGCACCGUUCAAUUGAAAUCAUGACACCACCUGUAUCACAAUCUAGCGACGAGACUUCGUCAUCAGCAACGUCUUCACAUAUCUAUCCAACUAUCCCAGAUGGACCGAUCUAUAUCCACCAUAGAUCUACUAUUGCUGAAAGUCCAAUAUCCAAUGUGAUCUCAUGUCCUCACAUUAAUUGUUAUGAACAUGGCCGACACUUCCAUAGUAUUUCCAGGCCUGGCACACCAAUGUGUCAGAAAAAUAAACUACUUUCAUCUCGUCAGAAUGAUCAGGAUAUGAAGGAUGACAAUUACGAUACUCAGGAUUCUUCAUUUCAUUUGACGCACGGUUCACCAUCAUCAACAUCAACAUCAUCAUUAUCGUUAUUAUCAUUAUCAUCGCCAACACCAUCAAUAUUGUCGUCGUCGUCGUCGUCGUCGUCAUUUUCAAAAAAUGGAUCUCGGGGAUUUUCAUCAUCUUCUCCUGUAAAAGCACAGCAGGAGCAAUCCUUUCUCGAGUCACAUAUUGCCUCAAUUAGUCAAUGGCUAUUAUCCAAUUCAACAAAUGCCUCAGCCUAAGGAGAGGGUAAAGGAAAACAUAAAGUGUGUUUGGGCGAAUGAAAUGGUCUUGUCUUUGAAAAGAAAAGAAAGGAGAAACCAUGGUAUAUAUAUAUGUAUAUCAUGUUUAUUUUAUUUUACCUUACUUUAAUAACUUUUAAUUAUUAUUAUUAUUAAUAUACAAGGAAGAGAAGAAGACAGUCAGUGUUAAUAAAUAUUCAUAUUUUUACAUCCAAUAAUAUCCAAGGACAAUUUAC